AUGGCACCAACCCUUCGUGCCAAAUGGCUGCAAGCCACAAAUCUGACGGGAACGCUGAGACGCUGUGCUAGCACCUACGCUACUCCCACGCACCACCAGUAUCAAUCAGCCAACGGCGCCUUCGUUCAUUUCUCCACCUACGGCCCGGCGGAUGCUGCGGCGUCGAUUGUGCUGUUGCAUGGCGCUCCUGGGUCGUACGCGGACUUCAAGUACUUGUCCCCGCUGUUAGCUCGCGAAUACUUGAAUGUUGUUGCCUUCGACUUGCCCGGUAACGGUCGUAGCUCUGUCGACGUCGUUGGAGGCAUGUACGGGUUGUCCGAUCAAACUCUUGCCGCCGCCGUCGUCGCAGCAUUGAAUGGACGACCAAGGACCACGCCGUUGUUCAUCUUGGGCCAUUCCUUUGGUAGUCACACGGCCAUACGAGUCGCCGCCAGCGCCAAGUCAGUGUGUGGCGUCGCCCUGCUGGCGCCUGUAGGAUUCCGACCACAUCAUGUCCUUCGACGCUUUCCCAUACUUAAAUUCGGGCGGUUCUUGCAGCGACCGCAUCCGUUGCGAUCCGUGCUCGCCAAGGUCAACAGAUGGUACUACAUCCAUGGCCUUGGUUUCCCCCAGCGAGUCCCAGAGGACGACUUCACGUACGCGUUGCAGCGGAUUGGGUCGGCUGACUUCGAGCGCAUUCAGGAAGUGGCCACCUCCCUCCACGCAUUGAACCUCCCGUCGUUUGUGGCCUUGGCCCGAGAUGACGCCCUGAUUGAGCCUGAAAUCAUUCGAGAACUUGGGCACUUGCUUCCGCCAGGCGUUCGCGUCGAGUUCCCCACGGGUGGCCACAACAUUCAAAAGACCCAAGCUAAACCAGUUGCCGACCAACUCGUUGCUUGGAUCGAGUCUGUCUUAGCACAAGUGCCUAAUACCACCUGAACAUACA